CUUGUAUCCAAAGACCGCCACGCUGCAGAGAUUUUCACCCUACACACUCCUGCAUGUACACACAUACACUCUCUGCAGUCUGAAGGCAGCGAGCGGGAGAAACAUGAAAUAUGGUGGUUCGGGCGUCGGCAGUUGACAAGAAGCCGGUGCCGGAAGUAGAAUAGGCGACUGAGUGACACUGUCCUGACUAGCAACUGCGGAGCUGGUGAAGGGGAAGAAGUAAGGCCAUGUACGCCACCUCUCAGCACGCCAACACGGCAUGGCGCUUUGUAUUUCCCGCCCGACUGCCGGCUGGUUCUGCUGCUCAUCAUCGCCUCAUCUUUUCAUUCUGCUUGUUUUGGCCUUGUGUCGCCGUCCUGGACGAACCUCAACCAAGUGGUCAGUUCAAGAUCAGCAGGGCAUCGCGUUCUUGGGGAUGGGCACGUUGUCGCGGCAAGAUAGAUAUGGUGUUGCCUAGUUCUGUCCGCCGCUGUGCCUCGCGCUUUGUGAAAGCCACCACGGAGUGACAGGCUUUGGGAGAGCAGAUGCGAAGGGCAACAAGAUGCGGCACGCGCUGUUCGGGCCCGCGCCUCUUCUCGCACAGGGUUACCCUGAAGGACUUCGUGAUGCUCAGAGGGUCACACGUGCGGUGUGCAAUGUGAAGAAACAAAACUCUCAUCAAGCAAUGCAUUGUGCGCGAAUCUUUGAUGCAGUAAGCAGAAAAACCAUCG